CGACAGCGCGGCAGUGGCAGCAGCGGCAGCGGCAGCAGCGGUAGCAGCAGCAGAGUUUCGUUCCGAUUUUUUCGCGUUCGUCUAUAAACACAGGUGCGCCCUUAUGCUGGCCACAUUCGCGCUUGUGAUACGAAAACGAAACAUAACCCAAGCCAAGAGACUCUCUGCGCUAUGUGAGGCACCCAUUCGCACCCAAAAAGUUACGCGUUCGCACCACCAAAGCACCACAGAGUGACCUUCGCACUACAAUCGAAAUUUUUGCACAAUUCUUGCCACUGCAAAAACAAAACAUUUAAAGAAGCAGCAAAAGCAACAACAACGCGACAAAGCGAAGAGAAGAGAAGAGAAGCGAGAAACAAUCCACACAAAAAGUUCCUAAAUCAAAGUCACAUUUGUGCAAACAAAACACACGAAAAAGUUCCUAACAAGAGAGACGAGACCCGCCAGACAGAGCAGAGAUCUAACAGCAAGUUUAACAACAACUCUAGCAGCAGAACAGGAGUAUCAGCAGCAGCAGCAGCAACAUCAGAAGGAGGAGAAACAGAGACAGCAUGACGGCACUGGGAUUAGUUCUGCUAUCAAUGAUGGGCUACACGCAGCACAUGCAGCAGCCACAACCCAGCAGCCUUGGUGUGGAGGGCGGAGCACGACUGCUCGCCCGAGCAGACUGGGGCGCCCGCCUGCCAAAAUCCGUGGAACACUUCGAGGGACCCGCUCCGUACGUCAUCAUCCAUCACUCGUACAUGCCCGCCGCCUGCUUCAGCACAGCGGACUGCAUGAAGAGCAUGCGCGACAUGCAGGACUUCCAUCAGCUGGAGCGGGGAUGGAACGACAUCGGCUAUAGCUUCGGCAUCGGAGGCGAUGGCAUGAUCUACACCGGUCGCGGCUUCAACGUGAUCGGAGCUCAUGCCCCCAAAUACAAUGACAAGAGUGUGGGCAUUGUCCUCAUCGGAGAUUGGAGAACUGAAUUGCCGCCCAAGCAGAUGCUGGAUGCUGCCAAGAGCCUGAUCGCUUUUGGCGUGUUCAAGGGAUACAUUGAUCCCGCCUACAAGCUGCUGGGCCACAAGCAGGUGCGCGACACAGAGUGUCCCGGCGGUAGACUCUUCCAGGAGAUCUCCACGUGGCCGCACUUCAACAAUUCGAUCCGUUUCAACACAACGACGGAGCAGCCAGCACAGGUCCAGCCACAACCACAGUCACAGUCACAGCCACAGCCCCAACCCAAGCCACUGCCUGUGGUCCCCAGGGUCUAGUUUAGCUCAUACCUAAUCCUAAUCCCCAAUACCAUACAAAGCCACACGAGCUCUCGGCUCCCCCGCUCAAUGCCAAGGAGUUCAUUCAGUAUUCAUUAGAUGUCUCUCUGCGAACAUUUCACAAAUAAAGCAAUUUCUAGAUGAUAACACUUAA